ACAGCUUAGCAAGCUGGCUCCUUCCACUCUGCCCACCAGCAUCUCAUCUCCCCUCUUCAGUGGGCACCAGGAGCAUCCCUGAGAGCCAUGGGCACCUCGUCUCUCUGCAGCGCUGGCCCUUGGAUGCAGCCAAAUGCACGGGAGCACGAGGGGGACAUUGUUGGCACCUGCUCCCUGUCUCCUGUCCUUUGACGCUGCAGCAGAGACAGCUCUUGGAUUCCCUGAAAAGACUACACAAAGCUGGAAAGAGUGAGUGAUCACCACCACCGUGAGUCGUGACCCAAUUAGGAUUCCAGCAGAUAUGGACAAACUGGAAUGCUGGGCCCAACCCCAAGGAUGAUGGGAAGUCUGGCCUUGACACUCGUGGUGGCUCUGGGGGUGGAGAGCAGGGCCGUGAGGGGCCUGGAAACAGUCACAGACUUUUGAAGAGACAGAAGUUUGGCCUAGAGAUAGGUGGGGGGAGCAGGUGGGCACUCAGAUGUCUGUCACGUGGUGAUGAACGGGCUUGGCUAUCUUGCUUCAGAGGAUUUAAGCUGGAAGCAGGGGAGCAGGGUCCCGGACAGCAGAUCCCCGGCUGUAGGAGGGAGGUCUGCCUAACACUUUGAGCUGCCCAGCAAGGCCAAAGGAGGCUUUGCAAGUGAGCAGGAGCUGGGUCCUAGGAAUCCAACCGAGGGGAAAGGCCUCGUCCUGAACAGGCCAGGGAGAAAUUCUGCUUUGUGUCAGAAGUUGGACUCAGGUCUCUUCCAAGUGAGCAUUUAUCUAUGCCUGAGGCCCACCCCUCCGUGGGAUAGUUCCUGCAAAGGGGCUGCCGGAUGGGUGUGAAUCACAGGAAGCCAGUGAGGGAGGCGCUGAGAAAGAGCUGUUCACCAUGGGGUGGGGGUGGGGUGGCCGUCCUCCAGGACCAGCAGGGGCUCCUUCUGGUCGAGACAGGCUUCUCUGAGAGGUGGCUGGCCCAACGCGUGAGAACCAGGGGCCACAGGUGACACAUUUAGUCAAUUUCCCAAAGUUUGCACCUCAGAGUACUAGUUCCAAAGGAGAUUAAACUUAGAAAAAAGGGCUCAAUGACCAAAGAAUUUUAAGAAAUGCUGAAUUAAAGAUUCCUUAUUUGCUGCAAUACUGGUCAGAGGCCUUUCACAUGCUAACGGGAUAUUCUCCAAGAGAGGAGAUACCCUCAUCUCCAAUUACUGUCUUUAGUUUAAAAAAAAGAAAAGGAAAGGUGUUUGGAGUGGCAGAGAUAAUGCUGUUUUUCACCAAAUCUUCCUUCCCUCUUUCCGGAUACCCAGGAAGACCACAUUCCCAGCCUCCCUUCAAGUUAGGUUGGAGAUCAUAACUAAUUCUGGCCUCUGGGCUGGGAGUGGAAGUAACACGGGUCUUUUCUGAGCCAAAGCACUUCAGAGCUGGCACAAGCCUCCAGUUCCCUCUCCCCUGCCUCAGUGAUGGGCCUCCGUGCAGGCACAAGGUGGAAGCAAUUCGAAUCAGGGAGUCACCUGACUCAGAAGACUUCUCACCAGCCAGAGAAGCCCUUGCGUUCGGCCACCGAAAUGUCACCGCAGUGCGCUGAGCCCUCCUGACUAAUACAUUACGGAAAUAUGUCCAGGGAAAAGGCUGCUACACACACUGGAAAGGUAGUCCUCGGCUGUUUCCUGUGAGCCCUUGGACACUGCUCAAGAUGUCCCCUUUUUGUUGUUGGGGACUGUGUGUGGCCUUUCUCACCCUGCUCUGCUGCCCAGGGUCUGGUGAGGAGGCAUUCGAGGUACGCGUGUCACCAGAGCAGCUGAUGGUGAAGUCCGGAGGGUCUGGGGUGAUUAACUGUAGUACCAACUGUACCCACCCUAGCAAGGGUGGUCUGGAGACCAGCCUAGACACAAUUGUCCUUCAAAAAGACCAACAGUGGAUAUCGUUUAUGAUCUUCAACGUCUCCCAGAAUUCGAGUAUGCGUUGCUAUUUCUGGUGUUCCGGGAAGCUGGGGUCCAAGAGGCUCAACAUCGGAGUGUUCUACCCUCCAAAGCAAGUGCUGCUGAAGCUGCAGCCCACGCGGGUGGCCGUAGGGAGCCCGUUCACCAUCGAGUGCAGGGUGCCCUCCGUGGCGCCCCUCGAGGGCCUCACUGUCACCUUGCUCCGUAGCACUGAGGUCUUGCACAGCCAGACCUUUGAGGGGACAGCACUUUCCCCUCAAGAGGCCAUGGUCACGUACAGCGCCGAGGCUCAGCUGGAAGACAGCUCCCACAACUUCUCCUGCCAGGCCAAGAUGGACCUGCGGUCUCGCGGUGUGAAGGUCGUUGACAGCGUCUCAGACUCCCAGGCGCUGGAGGUCUUUGAGCCUGUGCAAGACAACUGGAUGGUGAUUAUCGUGGUCGUGUCGGUGCUGCUCCUGUUUGUGACAUCCGUCCUGCUCUGCUUUGUCUUCGGCCAGCAGGGUAACCAGAGGCGGAGAGGUAUCCACAAGGUGCAAGCUGCUUGGAUGAGGCUGAGAGGGACCCACCCAGCACAGCCUGCCUGAGCGGCAUGGCCACUGGAACUGAGUGUGGCUCCUUAGGGUUGUGGUCCAGCCCUGGCUGAAGGACUGUGACAAGCAGCAGAGGACUUGGGGCCAUUUCUUUUCCUAGUCCGAACACACACCCCUGGACUUAACCCCAUGCCUCAGUCUCCUCCUGGGAAUGGCCAGGAAGGGGACCCACCAGGCCUUGCUGGACUUCUGUCUCCAAAUGUCUCGUCAGCCUCCCUCCACCCUCUCCUUCACAGGGGCCUUCCAGAGCCCCAGCGAGCCCAGGCCCUGGGCGCCUCCAUGCUGACCAGCCCAGGCACCGUUCACUCACCCUCAUCCGCCCUGAGUGACUCAUUCCUCCUGGGGGAGGGUGGGGGAGACGCAAUCUGGCCAGAGGAGCAGUGAGACACUGUUCCCCCAUGGCCCUCUGGAAACACAGGCGACUUCCCGUUGGAGCAGGACAUGGCUCUGACCUCUCCUUUCUCCCAACAGAGCCAGCUUACAGGGUAAGAGCAGGAGCCCCGAGGGUCUCCCCCAUCACUGGGCCUUCAGAGAGCCAUGGAUAACAUAAGCAGUCCUGUCCUCAUACUUCCCGCUCAUUAUUGGGCCAAACCGAGAUACUGCAGCCCUAGUCAUCCCAGAAGGAGGGGAGGGGAGGAGGUCGAAGGGGGUAUCUGGUUCUCAGGCCUUCCCUAGCCCAGGCAG